AUGUCAAAUAAUACCACAACAACUUAUUCAUCAAGCACUCGCAUUGCUUUAGCAUUUUUAAUGAGUUUAUUAGCUUUUGCUAUAAUGGUAGGAAAUGCGAUGGUCAUUAUAGCUUUUCUGGUGGACAAAAGCCUUAGACAUCGGAGUAAUUAUUUUUUUCUGAACUUGGCCAUUUCUGACUUCUUCGUAGGUAUGAUCUCCAUUCCUCUAUACAUUCCUCACACAUUGUUCAACUGGGACUUUGGAGAUAAAAUCUGUACGUUUUGGCUCCUAACUGAUUAUCUUUUAUGUACUACAUCUGUGUACAAUAUUGUGCUCAUCAGCUAUGAUCGAUACCAGUCAGUCUCAAAUGCUGUGUCUUAUAGAACCCGGAACACUGGGAUCUUGAGGAUUGUGGCUAUGAUGGUGGGAGUCUGGAUGCUGGCCUUCUUAGUGUAUGGACCAGUAAUCCUCGUUUCAGAUUCUUGGAAGAAUGGAAAGAAGGAUUGCAAGCCUGGAUUCCUUUCAGUGUGGUAUAUCCUGGUGAUCAUGUCGUUCUUGGAAUUCCUGGUCCCAGUUUUCUCAGUGGCUUAUUUCAACAUGUACAUUUAUCGCAGCCUAUGGAAGCGUGGUAGUCUCAGCAGGGAACAGAGAUCUCCCAGACUCACUUCUGUCUCUUCCAGUAACUGUGGAAACUCAUUGAAUUUGUCAAAAGUGGCAAUCCCGGAACCGAGGGAUGCAGAAAAGUCCCGCCAUUCUGAGAGACAAGGCAGACAGAACAGCUUCUUGUCUUCUUUGAGCAGCCAGAUGAACAGGAGUGCGGUUGCUUCCAAAAUGAAUACCCUCCGCCACUCGGAUUCUGUAGCUCUUCAUCAGCGGGAACAUCUCGAGCUGCUUAAAGCCAGGAAAUUAGCCAGGUCUCUAGCCAUUCUCUUGGGUGUUUUUACCCUUUGCUGGGCUCCCUAUUCUCUAGUCACAAUUAUUUGUUCAGUUAGCCGUCCGGAUCAUCAGUGUCCUCAAUCCAUCGGAUAUGAUAUCACAUUUUGGCUUCAGUGGCUCAAUUCCUUUGUCAAUCCUUUCUUGUACCCGUUGUGUCACAAGCACUUUCAGAGGGCUUUCUUGAAAAUUUUUUGCAUGAAAAAGCCACCUGUACCAUCGCAUAGUCUGUCAUUGUCUUCGUAA